ACAUUGUACACAGACAAAAUGGCUGCUUCAGUGGAAGACGAGUUUGAAGAUGCGCCUGAUGUGGAGCCAUUAGAACCAACACUGAAGAAUAUUAUAGAGCAAAAGUCUUUGAAAUGGAUAUUUGUGGGUGGAAAGGGCGGUGUUGGUAAAACCACAUGUAGCUGUAGUUUGGCUGUCCAGCUUGCAGCUGUGAGGGAAAGUGUCCUCAUCAUCUCGACUGAUCCUGCUCAUAACAUCUCUGAUGCUUUUGACCAGAAGUUCUCAAAGGUGCCGACCAAGGUCAAGGGCUAUGACAACCUCUUUGCAAUGGAGAUUGACCCCAGCCUGGGUGUGGCAGAGCUGCCUGAUGAGUUCUUCGAAGAGGACAACAUGCUCAGCAUGGGGAAGAAGAUGAUGCAGGAGGCCAUGAGCGCCUUCCCUGGCAUCGACGAGGCCAUGAGCUAUGCAGAAGUCAUGAGGUUAGUGAAAGGAAUGAACUUCUCAGUUGUGGUCUUUGACACUGCCCCCACGGGUCACACACUGCGGCUGCUCAACUUUCCCACCAUUGUGGAGCGUGGUCUUGGUCGCCUCAUGCAGAUAAAGAACCAGAUCAGCCCUUUUAUUUCCCAGAUGUGUAACAUGCUCGGUCUGGGUGACAUGAAUGCUGACCAGCUGGCUUCUAAGCUGGAGGAGACCCUGCCAGUCAUCCGCUCAGUCAGUGAGCAGUUCAAAGAUCCUGAACAGACCACCUUCAUCUGUGUGUGUAUUGCGGAGUUCCUCUCUCUGUAUGAAACGGAGCGUCUGAUCCAGGAGCUGGCCAAGUGUCGCAUCGACACACACAACAUCAUUGUGAACCAGCUGGUUUUUCCUGACUCAGACAGGCCGUGUAAAAUGUGUGAAGCCCGCCAUAAAAUUCAGUCCAAGUAUCUAGACCAGAUGGAAGACCUUUAUGAAGAUUUCCACAUAGUCAAGUUACCGCUGCUGCCCCAUGAAGUGCGAGGUGCUGACAAGGUCAACACGUUCUCAAAACAACUUCUGGAACCCUACAAACCCCCAAAUAAAUGAUCUCCCUCCAUGCAGGAUGACCCCUACAGACCACACCAAUACUAUUAAUAUUCACCUCUUCUGAGCCCUCCCCAACCAGCCUCAAAUCCUGCAGUACCAACCUCAAGUUUAUCCACUCAGUCCUCAGCCUGUCAUCCAAAGCAGAGCACUGCUACAGCAAGAGACACGUCGUCAUUGAAGGGGAGCUGAUGAAAUCACACGUUAACAUAACCUGCUGUAAUGUAAGAGAGAGGAGACGGUACAAAUUAGUGCUGCUUUGCUGUGUUCACCUUCUUUGUCAUUCAUAUCCUCUGUGUGGCCGUUGUACGAUUCCUUAAAAAGCAUCAAAGCAUUUAACUUUUUCUCUACAAAAAAUAUCCUCUUCCUCCCCUUCUGUCAUCCUGCGCAGUGUCUAGCCUGAGUUGUGAAAGCAAAAUGUUAACAGUGAAGGUGCUUUGAAUUUCAGGAUUAAACCGCUUUCAGAUGUUGAUGUAUGUAAAAUGACUUGUUUAUCCAGUGUGUUUUGGUGGCUGUCUUUUCUCUAGUUUGAUUUUUGACUGAGGUUACUUAAAUAUUCUAUUCGAUCUCAAAUCAGAAAUUCACAUGAUUCUUAUUAAAGGUUUAGUUAGUGAUGGCUAAAAUGAGCGUUUACUUAAAAAAACAGGGCCAAAAAACAACAAAUGAUUGUCCCAAGACAUUACUUCCCAACCAUGAUCAUCCUUAUAGUGCAAUAAAUAAAACAAGAGCAGUCUGAAUUCUGUUUUUAGCGUAUGUCAAAACCAGUUGACUAAAUCUAACUUUUUAUCUUGGUGUGAAUGCAGUAACUUAUUGUCAGGUUUGUUUAUGUACAAUUGGAAUGUUAAAUUCCAUCUAUGGGAUGAACUUGACAGUCUCUGUUUUAGUGCACUACUGCCACUUCUGGUAGUAUGUGACUAGAAACAGCUUGAGUUUUUGAGAUUUUAAAAGCAAAUGUGUGACAUGACUCUUGAUACUGAGUGACUUAAUUAUUUCUUGCUGACACAUCUAAACCCUGGUAUCAGGUUCCUUUACUUACUCUUUAACAUCAUCUGUCCAUCCUGUCAUCACAAACUAUAUUGGAAAACUAUUUAAAACAUUGGUAGCCUUAAGUAGUGCAUUGUGAAUAAAGAAUAUAUUGAAUGUUGCUUGGAACAAAUGAAUGAUGAUUUCAAGGAAAGUCAAAGCAUCUUUUCCUAAUUGAUUGAGUACUGGUUUGUGACUGGCUCGCCAGAUGCCUCAUUAUCCUCCAGCAGAAACAUUCAAAUGACCGGUUGAUACGCAAGAAAAAAACACAUGUAUCCCCUCUGGUUGUGAUUGCUUUUGAGACCAUACAGGAAACUAUUUUUAAUGAUUUAGUUUCAGUUUUGUUGUAUUAAUUAAACAGACUUGCUUUAGA